CAGACAAUGGCGAGAUUGCCAACUGGAAACUGGUCAGGGUCAGGGUUGCAGUGCAAAGAGAGCAAGCAAGCCAACAAGCAAUUAAUAAUGACAAUGGAUCCGGGGAUGUUUCUUUUGAGUUCUUCCCACCCUUUUGUACUGUACCCCCACUCUUGUAGCUCUGAGCUCAAGACAAGGAUCCAUUUGCCCAUCCACUCUUGAUUUCCAAGCAUACUUGUACUUCUACCCGCGGAGCUUAAGCUGUAAUUGGGGGGUUUCCUGUUGUCUGGGCUUGGUCGUCUGUGUUGUCGUUUCUCUCCCCCCACCACCUCCUCAUGAUAUAAAGUAGACCUCAUCCCUCUCCGUUCUCAUUGCCCCUGGUACCUCUUCUCAUUACUUUCAUCUACCAUUCAGAAGUACUGUACCUUCACAGUCUUAUUAGCACACACCUAAUCAAAAAGCAAACCCUCCCUUAGCCAGACUAACAACAUGGCCCCUCUCAAGGUUUUUGUUACUGGCGCCACCGGCUACAUCGGUGGAGAUGUCUUCUACAACGUCCACCAGGCACACCCUGACUGGGAAUAUGCUGUCUUGGUUCGCAGCAAGGAAAAGGCAGACAAGCUCACCCGCGAAUACUCCAAGGUUCGCGUUGUGUUGGGAGAUUUAGACUCGGCCGAUAUCAUCGAGGAGGAGGUCAAGAAGGCCGAUAUUGUUUUCCACACCGCCGACUGCGACCACGUUGCGUCUGCUGAGGCCAUCGCCAAGGGUGCUGCCCAACACACGCCGGAGCGUCCCCUGUGGUGGAUCCAUACAUCUGGUACCGGUAUCCUGACCGUCGAGGACUUCCGUGCCAACACCUGGGGCCGGUACCGCGAGAAGCAGCACGAUGACUGGGAUGGCGUGGAUGAGCUUCUCAACCUGCCUUCAGACUCUCUCCACCGCAACGUCGAUGAGAUCGUCAUUGCUGCUGGCAAGCGCAACCCCGACAGUGUCAAGAUCGCCAUCGUCUGCCCGCCAACAAUCUACGGCCCUGGCCGGGGACCCGGCAACCAGAAGAGUGUGCAGGCCUACUGGUUGGCGUCCGCUGUCUUGAAGCGGAAGAAGGGUUUGCUGGUGAACGAGGGUAAGAACAUCUGGCACCAGAUCCACGUCCAGGACCUCAGCGAUCUGUACCGGCUUCUGGGAGAUGCGGCUGCUGCGGGCGGCGGCAAGGCCACUUGGAACGACAAGGGCUACUACCUGGCCGAAAACGGCACUUUCGUCUGGGGAGAUAUCUCACGGGAGGUGGCCAAGGUCGCUUAUGAGAAGAAGCUGAUCUCGUCUCCUGACGUGGAAUCCAUCGGAGACGAUGAGGUGAAGGAAUUGAACUCCUUCGGUCUCUAUGCUUGGGGCAGCAACUCUCGUGGCCACUCCUACAGAGGCAGGAAGCUGCUCGGCUGGUCUCCCCACCGGCCUAGCCUGAAGGAGCUCAUUCCAGAGAUUGUGGACAUUGAGGCCAAGGCUUUGGGCUUGUUGUAGAUUGCGAGCCGUCAAGAGUCCUGUCUGUAAUACAAGACUAAUCUGAUGAAUGAAAUGACCAUUUCCUAGC